AUGAGCGAUCCGUGGGUUUCCCCACGCUACAAUCGGGAGUCUACUGCAACAGUAGUCAAGUUCCUCGAGACCACCUUGGCCAAGCGACGAUCAUUGACCGAUAAAGAACGAUAUGAGCUCGGAGACAGGUACUGGGAUAAUGAGGAGCCUGAAGAGCCGUAUAUGGCCUACGAAGAAGGCAUGCUUCAUCCUGUCAAACUUGGAGAUCAACUUUUGGACGGCAAGUAUACCGUCAUUCACAAGCUUGGGAGCGGCUCCUUCUCGACAGUGUGGUUAGCACAUAAUGCCGAAACAGACGAUAAGGUAGCGGUAAAAAUCUGUGUCGCAAAGGAUGAAGAAUUUCCGGCUGGCGAUGAAGCCGGCAUCUCCAAGCUGCUUAGUCAAAACGACUAUGCCCAUCCCGGUGGAAUCGCGAUAGACUGCUACGAAAGGGUCUUUCCCCACAAAGGGCCCAACGGCAUUCACGAAUGUUUUGUGAGCAGUCCAAUGGGAGUGACGCUUUCAGAGAGCAAAUUCAGAAGCAACGGUGGAUGGCUCUUCCCUACCGAGGUUGCUCGAGCAUUGGCAGCACAGCUUGUGCUUGGGGUAGGCUAUAUCCACUCCAAGCGUAUUGUGCAUGGAGACUUCCACAUGGGGAAUGUGAUGCUAGCAAUACCGGAUGGCGAGCUUGCCUCCCUCACUGUCGAAGAAAUCUAUAAAAAGUACGGAAGCCCGACAAUCUUACCGAUGGACCUUUGUGUAGAGCAUACCGACUUUCAUGAGGAGCAUCCUUUGCCACCCAACGCACCCCCGUACAUGCUCUGGAAGAUGCACAUCAGGGGAGGAGAAUGCGAAACUCUACGGCUGUCGGACGCGGUAGUGAAGAUCAAAGACUUUGGAGAAUCAUGGCAACCUGAAUUCGAAACGCGGCACGAGCUCAACAUCCCGGAAAAGUAUCGAGCCCCUGAGGCGAUGGUUGCUGAGAAGCUGAAGCUGCCUAUCAGUUACCCUGCUGAUGUUUGGGCGUUGGGAUGCAUGAUCUUCGAGGUUUACGCCGCGAACGAUGUCUUUGAGACUUAUUUUCCCGACUACAAUGGUGUUUGGGCCGAUAUGGUCAUGAUGAUGGGUAAACCGCAGGCGACGUGGUGGGACGCCUGGGAAGAUCGCAAAAAGUACAUGGACGAUCAAGGCAGACUUCUCCGGGACGGCCAGCGACGCUCGGAGAACGAAAGCGACGAAGAAGCAUCACAGGACGAACUGCACACAAUUGAACAACGGGUGUUGGAAACGAUUCCCGAACAUAGGCGCACGAAGCAAGAAGAGCCCAAUCCGGAAAACUUCGUCCCGCAGGAGGAGCUCCAUGAUCUGGCAGCCAUGUUGAAGCGGAUUUUCCACUGGUUGCCCGAAGAUAGAGCGACGGCGGAGGAGCUGAUGAACGAUCCAUGGAUGAAGAAAUGGGGUCUGCCAGCGAAAGAAGCUAUGGAUCAAGCUUACCAGAAGAGGCGCAUGGAAUGUGAGAAGCCCAGAUACGUUGCGCAACCGAAAGCCGACAAUUCAGCGGUUCCCGAAGUGACUGCCGCCCCCAAGGAGACUGUCGGUUUCUUUGAAAGCCUUGCCCGUAGCUUUCCCUAUGCCUGGUGGCAGAGUCUGUGGAAGGCUUUUGACAUAUGA